AUGACUUUCCUCACGCAGGAAUCGAUCCUUGAAAUACUCUUCGGCAUACCGUCCAUGGUUACGUCGGUCCUAAACGCCUGGGACUUCUGGUUAAAAUAUCGCGUCCGGUCUCACAGCAAACAUAUCGAGCCACAGUCAAUCUCGUUGAUUGUCCCACACGAUCUAAUAAUCACGGUUGAAGGAUAUGAUCCAGAGGGCUCAACUAUCAGAAACCAAUCAUGCUCGGUGGACAGUGCCCAGUCACAGUCAACAUUCGGUCAAAUGUUGAGUAAAGCAUCUUCGACUCUGACGUUACAAACUCCACCCCGAGUCUUCAUUAGCGAGCGUCGUCAGUUCGAACAUGAAGUCUGA